GUACCUGGCGAAGCUGUCUUCAGUGGGGAGCAUCUCCGAGGAGGAGACCUGCGAGAAGCUGAAGGGCUUGAUCCAGCGCCAGGUGCAGAUGUGCAAGAGAAACCUGGAGGUGAUGGACUCGGUGCGGCGCGGAGCCCAGCUGGCCAUCGAGGAGUGCCAGUACCAGUUCCGCAACCGCCGCUGGAACUGCUCCACACUGGACACCCUGCCCGUUUUUGGCAAGGUGGUAACGCAAG